GGGCGGACCAAGCUCGCGGACCCCGCCGGCCUGGGGCGCGAGAGGCGGGCGAGGGGCGAGCGCCCGGGAGCGCGCAGAGCGGGCCGCCCUAGCGCGCCGGAGACACCCGAGCGCCCCGCGCUCUGGCACCAUGCGACCCGCCGCGCCUCCUCGCCGGCCCCCGGCUUCCCAGUCCGCUCGCUGAGCGCCGGCGCUCGCCACCGCGGAAACUCGGAAAAGCAGGCGAGACGUUGCAGAGCCGCGCGGGGACGGACAGAGACGUCCCCUCCGCCCUUAAGAGGCUGCCGGCCCCUCGAUCCCAGGGCUCUUCUAGCUUUACCAUGAACCUGGCGCAAGCUUGGCGUUAGGAGAAAUCCAGAAGCCGGAGGGGGAGUCAAGGCAAUUCUUUGGUUGCUAAGUGUGAGUGAAGACAUCCAGAAUGGCUCAGGGAUCCGGGGAUCAGAGAGCACUGGGCAUUGCUGAUCCAGAGGAGAGUUCUCCAAAUAUGAUAGUCUACCGCAAAAUUGAAGACAUCAUUACAAAGAUGCAAGAUGACAAGACAGGGGGUGUGCCCAUCAGGACAGUCAAGAGCUUUCUCUCCAAAAUCCCCAGUGUUGUCACAGGUACGGACAUUGUGCAGUGGCUUAUGAAGAACCUUUCCAUCGAGGAUCCAGUUGAAGCAAUACACUUGGGAAGCCUCAUAGCUGCCCAGGGCUACGUCUUUCCGAUCUCGGACCACGUUCUCACCAUGAAGGACGAUGGGACCUUUUAUCGUUUCCAGGCCCCGUACUUCUGGCCUUCGAACUGCUGGGAGCCUGAGAACACCGACUACGCCAUCUACCUCUGUAAGAGGACAAUGCAGAAUAAAGCAAGGCUGGAACUGGCAGAUUAUGAAGCAGAAAACUUAGCAAGACUCCAGAGGGCCUUUGCAAGGAAGUGGGAAUUCAUCUUCAUGCAAGCAGAAGCACAAGUAAAGAUUGAUCGGAAAAAGGACAAGACAGAAAGGAAAAUUUUGGAUAGUCAAGAACGGGCCUUUUGGGAUGUGCACAGGCCAGUGCCAGGCUGUGUGAACACAACAGAAAUGGAUAUCAGAAAAUGUCGACGUUUGAAGAACCCGCAAAAAGUUAAAAAGUCAGUGUACGGUGUGACUGAAGAAUCCCAGUCGCAAAGCCCAGUGCACAUCCCCAGUCAGCCGAUCAGGAAAACUACAAAAGAGGACGUCCGGAAACAGAUAACAUUUUUGAAUGCACAGAUUGACAGACAUUGUUUAAAAAUGUCCAAAGUGGCUGAAAGCCUAAUUGCCUACACGGAACAGUAUGUGGAAUAUGACCCUUUGAUCACGCCAGCAGAGCCAUCCAACCCCUGGAUCAGCGACGAUACCGCUUUAUGGGACAUAGAGAUGAGCAAAGAGCCCAGCCAGCAGAGAGUAAAGAGAUGGGGCUUCUCUUUCGACGAGAUAUUGAAGGACCAGGUAGGACGGGACCAGUUUCUGCGAUUCCUGGAGUCAGAAUUCAGUUCAGAAAACCUCAGGUUCUGGUUGGCUGUCCAAGAUCUCAAGAAACAACCCCUACAGGAUGUGGCCAAGAGGGUGGAAGAAAUCUGGCAGGAGUUUCUGGCUCCAGGGGCCCCAAGUGCAAUCAACCUGGAUUCUCACAGCUACGAGAUAACCAGUCAGAACGUCAAGGAUGGUGGGAGAUACACAUUCGAAGAUGCCCAGGAGCACAUCUACAAGCUGAUGAAGAGUGACAGCUAUGCCCGCUUCCUCCGGUCCAACGCUUACCAGGACUUGCUGCUGGCCAAGAAGAAGCCAGAAAGUGAGCAAGGUCGUAGAACUUCCUUAGAAAAGUUCACUCGCAGUGUGGGAUGGAUUUGCAAAAGACAGAGCGGCUCCCUCUGCAGAAGGUGCACAGGGGACCACCCAGCCUCAGGCCUGGCAUUUGAUCUUCUGCUCGGGGACCCUGAGGAAGAAGGACUCCCCCUUUGCCCUUGGGGCUGCGUGGUUUGUGCAUCUUCUGCAGCAGCCCAGGCAGAAGGCCAUCACACUGGACCAUAAAAUAAAUUGGCUCAGACCAUAGCUCAUCUUAAAAAAACAAAAUUGCAAAUUUCCCUCCAUGAACCCUGGCAACCACGCAGAUGCGGGAGGCGCGCUGGUGCUGCUGUGCAGGUGGCUUUUGCGUGUGCAGAAAGUGGCCGUGCUGCAUGGGUCUGGCAAUGCGGGCUAGCUAGCGUGCGUGUGCGCGUGCGUGCGUGUGCGUGUGUGUGUUAGUGGCCUCUGCAUAAGUUCCAGCACCCCUGACAGCCCCUUGUCAGCCUCAUUUGCAUAGCGUGACAGGGAGAGGAGGGCGGUAGCCACGGGGUGGAGUAGCCGUGGGUAGGUCUUCCCCGCGGUGCACGGGGGGGAUUCUGUACUGUGGCCACCAGAACAGCACAGACCCAGGUCCUCUUCCCACGAUGUUCUCUGUAAGAUUGGGGCAUGGGGCUUGGUGUACAGGAAGUACUCAGUCCUGCUCAUUCACUCACUCAUCAAAAACAAGCAUCUGGUGCUCAUGGGUCCAGUCGGCACUGUUCACUGCUUCACAUCAAACCAGUGCAAACCAACAUGGCAGCCAGGGAGCAGGGGUCCCAUGCAUGGAACUGGCCAGAUGUCCCUUCCCGAAAGGUGGAAACCCACAGAUGCUACUUGCCUUUUUCCUCCCUCUGUUGAAGAGGAAAGUCCUUGUAAACCUGACUACUGUGUGAUUAGUAUCUUUAUUUCAUCCUUUUAACGUAAAUUCCAAGAAUUCUGGGUUGGAAGCAACCUAGUCAUUUUUCUUUCAUGGCUAGAUGCAUUUUAACUGAAUUUAAACAUUAUUUUGAAUUUGCUAGAUCUAAACAUCACAGGAACACUAGUAGGUGGCAAUUAAAAUAUGGGUACUCAUGA